UCUCUCUCACAGCCCAUUUCUCACACAAAGGCUGAAUGGGCUCGUAGUUGGGGGUGAGUGAAAGACAGAGAGAGAGUGAGAGUGAGAGAGAGAGAAGAAGAGAGGGAGCGCGAGAGAAAGGCCCCCCCCUGCACCUUUUCACUUCUUUGGGACGCAACAAUGGCCUUUGUCCACAAUGUCCCUCCAUUCUUAUUGGGGUUACUGCAGGGAGGGGAGGUGGUGGGGCUGCUUCUCCAUAGUAACAGUGACAAAACAAGCCAGCCGAAGACGGGAGAGGGACUUAAACACUUGCUGCUCACCACUGACAGAUCCUCUAUGUUUCAGUGAAUAAACCUUAAAGAGCGUACAGGAGAAGAGGAAGAAAGGAGCACCACAGUGAAAGAAACGUGAAUAUAAGGUACAAGAUCUGCAAGACAGGAGAAGAAGAGGUGAGAAAGGAUAAGGACAAAAAAAACCCUGAUGAAAGACACUGGACCGAAGAUGUGCAUGUGAGUAGUGGAAAAGCAGGCAGUCCCCUGAGGAGGGCCAAUAGUGGCACCACCACCAGGGCAUCUUCGCACACAGCCCUUGUUCAGUGUUCUUGCUCUUGUGGACAUCACCAUGAACCCGGAGACUCAGUACGAGGACUCAGUGUCCAUUAUGGUGUUGGAGAACAUCAAGAAUAAACUUCUGCACGCCUUCAGAACGACAGCAGAGCCAAGAGCCUCCUCUGAAAGCAGCACAGAUCCGAGCAGCGUCGGCAGGAGUUUGCAGGCUAAUGAAGAGCUACGCAGAGCCAAGAUAGAUGGAGCAAUUAGCUGGUUACGAUCAGAACUGCUGGAGAUGCGCUUGCAGGACCGGCAGCUGGCUCAGACUCUGCUGGGCCUCAACACGGAGAUCCAGAGACUGCGGCGGGAGAGCAGCCCAAUUCUGCUGGACACUAACAGCAGCGACCAGCACUGACCAUGCACCAAAGAAACAGAGAUUUCAUCCAUCAGCUGAACAAAUGGACAGUGGUUUAAUGUUGUCUCCACAGCUCCAUUUCCUCUGCUUUUUAAAAUACUCUUCAAAUAAUGUUUCCUAAAUGGCUCUUGGAUUAGAUGUACUGUUCUGGGAAAAAUCUCUAAAAGGGAAUUCAACUGAUUUUCUGCAUAAUUAAACCGAUAAGAUGUAAACAAAGUUGUUCAGAUGUUUGAUGUGAAAUGCGUCACUCUAGAGAAACUUACAUAGUU